AUGCCCGGACGUCCUUCAACCCGCGCGCCGCGUGGGUCGACCACAGCCACAGCCCGCAAAGCCAGUGGCGGUACAACAAGGGCAACACGCGGAUCCUCUGCAAGACAAUCCGCAAAUGCAAUUGAUAUCCCCGAUGAGGGCCCCGUCACAACCCUCCGCACACAGAUCGCCCAAGUCUUCAGCGACGCACAAAAGACGACGGCCACACAAAGGAAGCUGGUGGUCAACUUGAGGAAGAUCCAGGAAGCAUGCUGUUUCGAGCCACCAGACACAGGCAAGAAGGGCGGAAAGAAGGGCCAGGAGGAACAAGAAGAUUUUGACGAGGAGGAGUUCAAUGCCGAGAUUGUGAGGUGUCUGCUUAGAAUCAUGUCCGUUAAGAAGAGUGAGCCGGUAGGCGACAGAGUGAUUCGCUUCUUGGGCAUCUUCUUGAAGCAUGCGUCAGACAAAGAUCAACAGAUAUUUGCCGCAGAGUCCGAGGAAGAUGCGACUGCCUUUCACGAAACGCCUACCAGCAGGCUUACAUCCAGCAUCCUCACUACAAUCCUGGGACUUCUCACAGCCAAGGACAAGACGGUCCGGUUCCGAGCCACACAGACAGUUGCGCAUAUUGUGAACAGCCUCACUACUAUCGAUGACGAUAUUUUCAACAUGAUAAGAUUGGGUUUCUUGAAGCGUCUUCGAGAUAAAGAACCAUCGGUGCGCGUUCAGGCUAUUCUCGGACUGGGCCGUCUUGCCGGGAAUGAUGACGAGGAGCAAGAUGAGGAAGACAGUGACGACGAAGCAGGUGGCAUUCUAGACAAGCUUCUGGAUAUCAUGAUCAACGAUCCGAGUGCCGAAGUGCGACGAGCUGUAUUGUUGAACCUGCCACUCUGGCCGUCCACCCUGCGAUAUAUCCUCGAGCGGGCUCGUGAUAUGGAUGCGACUACUCGAAGGCUAGUCUAUGGCAAGAUUCUACCGGCUUUGGGCGAUUUCCGACACAUGUCGCUUGUGGAGCGAGAGAAGCUCAUCCGAUGGGGUCUUCGCGACCGAGACGACAUUGUCCGUAAGGCUGCAGCAACCCUGUUCCGCGAGCGCUGGCUCGAAGAUUGCGCUUCAUCCCGCGACACCCGGACUGAAGAGGAGAAGAAGCCUGGUGAUGUUGCACCUCCUAGUCUGGAGGCGCUAUGCGAGCUAUUGGAACGCAUUGAUGUUACACGGUCCGGUGAGGAGGACGGUAUGGCUCAUGAAGCCAUGCGCCAGUUCUGGGAUGGCCGACCGGAUUACCGUAGAGAUAUCACAUUUGAUCAUGAGUUCUGGAACAACCUAGAUGCGCAGACGGCUUUCAUUGCUCGUACGCUCAACGACUACAGCCAGAGCACCGACGAUGACAGAAUCCAGAGCAUGAUUGAGGACAAGAUGCCCGAAGUCACUAUGUUUGCUUUUGUUCUGCAGCGGGAGCUCAAUUCGCUUAUGGAGCUAGUCGACAAAGUCGCAAUGAUGGAAGAGACUGAUCCAGAGAUUGAGGAGGCCCAGGAAGAUGUUGAGGAACAGGAUUUCGUUGUCCAGCAGCUCCUUCACAUUGCUCAUACUCUCGACUACACGGAUGAGAUGGGACGAAGGCAGAUGUACAACAUUAUGCGCGAAGCAAUUUCCAAGGCUCAACUGCCCGAAGAGUGCACAAAGCUCUCCAUCGAAGUUCUACGCAAGGUUUGCGGUAGUCGAGGCGAGUCAGACUUCUGUGCUCUCAUUGUCGAGGCCAUUGCCGACGUUCGAGAUUCUCUCUUGGAUGCCGAUGAUGCCACCGUCACUGGCGGAGAUGCUGAAGAAAGCUUCCACUCUGCACAAUCAGACGUGGACAUGGAUGCUCCAUUAAUCAAGGCCAAGACUGCCAAAGCCACAGAAAACCUCACUGAAGAAGAGAAAGAAGAGCGACAGAUCCGAGAGGUCAUGGUAUACUCUAAGUGUUUACAUAUCGCGCAAUGCACACUUCAAAAUGUGGAGGGCGAUUUGGAGUCGGAUACGUCGCUCACAAAUAUCCUCAAUACUCUUAUUAUCCCGGCCGUACAAGCUCACCAGGCGAUGAUCCGAGAGCGAGGUGUCAUCUGUUUGGGUCUAGCUGCCCUUCUCAGUAAAGAUCUUGCAGGUAACAACCUCGAUCUCUUUUUCCACUGCUUCGCAAAGGGCCAUGAUGCUCUGAAGGAGAUUGUCAUUCAAGUCCUCACAGACGUGAUCAUCACUCACCCACAGCUUCUUACACCCACUAUCCCGGACCCAGACGCCGAGACUGAGGAUGCAGAGCCCAUUACCAACCCACGCAUCCGCCCUAUCACUAAGAUCCUUCUCAAGGCCUUCACCUCCGACAAUAAGCGCAUUAGUCUCAUCUCAUGCACCGCUGCCUCGAAGCUAUUGCUCCUUGGUAUCCUACCACCUCAGCCUACAGCCGAAAUCCUCAAGGCCUUCACAUUGACCUACUUCGAUCCCGAGACAGCAACGAACCCGGCACUACGACAAGCACUCAGCUACUUCCUCCCCGUCUUCUGCCACAGUAAGCUAAAGAACGCUAAGCUCAUGGGCGAAAUCGCCGUCCCCAUCAUCUCCAAGCUCCUCAUCAUGCGCGAUGAGAAUGUCGAAGAGGACGACAUAGACGAGAUGGUCGGCUGGCCCGUCAUCACUGCCCACCUUUCCGAAUGGACCGACGGCCGCAAGGUAGUUGGCGCAACCGAACUCGGUCUGGAUGGCAAGACAAGCACAACAGCCGAAGCCGAGGAACCUCACGUCCAACUCGCCAUUGAUAUUCUCGAGCGCGCACUCACAAGCACGUGUUCGAAAGACGAGCGUAAACCUCUACUCUCGCUGCUAAGCAAACUCUUCAUCGCUCCAUCGGGCCCGAGCUACAAGAGCAACACCGAGCAAAAUGGUGAAGAUGAAGAAGAAGAAGAGCCCCUACAUACCCUUCACAGCCUUGUUUCCGAAGCCGUCGAAGCCAAGAUCGGGACGGACGCCACGCAACGUAAUGCACUGGCGAAAAUGGAAGCUACUCUAACAAAGCGAUUGGGCGAAGUGGGUAACGCGACACAAGCUCCCGACGAAGACGCAGAUGACCAGACGGCUGCUCCCAACACUACUGUUGCGCCGGAUGAGACGGAGACAACCGAGGCAUCUGAGACCCGGAUACCAUCUAAGAAACCCGUCAAGGUUAAAGAAGAAGACGAUGAGGAAGACGAUGAGGAUGAAGAUACGAUGUUAGCUGGUAUGCAAGGGGAGGGUACACGCAUGCCUCUUGAAGCUGAUGACGAUGACGAUGAUGAGGAUGAAGAGGAAGAGCAGUCAGUGGCUGAACAUAGCACGUUGAUUGUGGGCAGGGAUGAUAGGAGGAGGACAAUGGUUACUGAGGAGGAUAUUAUGGAGAGUUUGUUGCAGAGUGAGAUGGAGGAUUCUGCUUAG